AUGCCCUCCGUCCAUGCUCCCUGUGCCCCCCCCCGCUUCCUCCUCCUCCUCCCCCUCCUCCUCGCUCUGUCGACUCUUGCUGCCGCAAGCAAAUGCUACCUUUCUACCCAGGAGCUCACUGCUGGCCAGAUAGGAAACGCUCCCGGUUGCAAAUCAGACUCGCAAUGCACGUCUGCGACUUCGGAUCCUAAAGUUAAUGUGUGCUGCAGCCAUCUCAAGACGUUGGUGACCGACCUGUGCGAGGGCUCGAUAGACACGGCAAUCGCUCAGGCGAAGGCCGGUGGAGAAUGCAGCGAUGCUGCAGACUGCACCGUUCCAAUCAGCAAGUCCGGACCAUCAGCCUACAGCUUCGCUUCCCUACCUCUCCUAGUUUUCUCUGCAGUCGUGGGUCUCGUCAGAAGCGGAAGCAUUUAG